AUGAAUCCAUGGACCAAGGCUGAGUGCGAGACAUUUGCCGAUGCGGUCCACUUGGAUGAUCAAGACAAGUGGAUUCGAAAGUUUAGACUCGUUGGAGGCAAACCAAGAUUAGUGUUUGCAUCAUCCGAAGACUUUGAUGACUUAUUACAACGUGUGAAGAGAGAUAUUCCGAGUGAUAUCAAUGAAUUAAAGAACCAGUAG